CCCCCAACCCUUCUUUCUCGCACCGUUCCGUUGCUUGGGUAACAGUACGCUUGAGUAGAAAACGCUCAGGACUCCGACGCGUGUGCGUGUUUCUUUUCGCUGCUUGUGGGUAGUGGAAAGCCAUGGAGCUGCUCGGGUACUACAUUCUGCCAAACUGGAUGAUUGUGGUUUUGUCGGCUUUCACCCUGUUGUACAUGUAUUUGUCUCGAAACAAGAAUUACUGGAAAGAUCAAAACAUUGUACACCAAAAGUUUUCCCUGUCUUUCGUACCAUUACUGAAGUUUCUCUCCAAGUCACGCCACGAGAUCGAUUUGGAGAUGACCCAGAAGUACGGGAAACUGUUCGGUGCGUUUGAAGGACCACAGCCAUCGCUCAUCGUUGCUGAACCAGAUAUUGUGAAGCUUGUUCUUGUGAAAGAUUUCCCAUUGCUUCCAGAUAGAAGACGCUUCGACUUGAAUGAUCCCCUUCUAAAUAAUACGAUGACUCAGGCUCCUGCUCAACAAUGGCGAAGAAUUCGGCCGGCCGCCAGCCCUGCCUUUGCAACCGGAAGAUUGCGCAAGAUGAAUGAGCUGAUCCAAGAAUGUGCCAAGGUUUCCUGUGAGCAUCUGCAAGAAGCAGCCAGGAAUGAAGAAGAGCUGGACGCCAAGCAGUACUUUGGUCAUUAUACUCUGGACGUCAUUGCCAAGUGUGCUUUUGGAACGAAGCUUGACUCGCACUCAAACCAGACCAACGAAUUUGUCACAAGAGCGAGCCAGGCAUUCCAAAUGAGCGUUAACCUUCCGUUACUACUUAUGUUUUAUAUUUUCGGAAUGUUUCCUUUCUUGAUGAAGCUCAUCAAAAUAAAACUGUUCAGCUCGGAGAGAUUUUCGUACUUCAAGGAUGUGUGUGCAAACAUGAUGAAAUCAAGACGCGAAUCUGGUGUUGUGCAUCACGAUUUUCUUCAGCUUAUGAUGGAUGCCCAAAAGAGUGCACUUUCGGAUGCCAGUGACCCCGGAGAUGCUGAAAAUGAUGUGUACAGUUUGGGCGUGGAUGAGAAAUCCAACGUAGCAACACAAAGAAAAACUCUCACUGAAAUGGAGGCGAUGGCACAAUGUGUCAUAUUCUUACUCGCUGGCCAAGACACCACCUCCUGGGUGAUUGCGUAUACAGUCUACCUUCUGGCAUUGCAUCCGGAUGUGCAAGAGAAGCUGAGACGCGAAGUUGAUGAGUGCUUCGAACAAUACGGUCCAGAGCCAACUCUCGACGUUGUGUCGAAACUAGACUAUCUCAACUGCGUCAUCUCAGAAAGCUUGAGGCUGUAUCCACCCGCGGUUCGCCUGGAAAGAUCGCCUGUUGAAGAUUACGUCAUGACGGACACGGGAAUCAAAUUGCCGAAGAACUGCGUGAUCGUCAUUCCCAUUUAUGCGAUGCACUACGACCCCAGCAACUUCGAAGAUCCCUACAAAUUCGAUCCAGAAAGGUUUAGCGAAGAAAACCGAGGAUGCAUUCGACCGUACUCAUACCUGCCUUUUGGAGCCGGUCCCAGGAACUGUGUCGGCAUGAGGUUCGCCCUGCAGACGAUCAAGCUUUGUCUCCUACACGCCAUCCACAGCGUGCAGUUCGUUCGCACACCCAGAACCAAAGUUCCGCUGGAAUUCUCGAGAAAUCUUGGUCUGCUCACGGCCAAGGAAAUCAUCGUCGGCGUAAAACCACGCUGAUAUUCCCAGCAGCGUUCUGAUUAGUAUCAGCCGAAACUCGCAGAAUUGCAUAUACGCAGUUUUAUUGACACACAACUUCAGCGAGUUUCUGAGCGUUCUAAUGCAAAGUGUGAUAAAUCCCGUAUAUUAGUGGGUCAUCGGAGAGAAGUUCAACCGACCGUGAGAGUAGCUGUAUAUGGAUGUUCCUUUUUGGAAGUGCGAAAUAAAGGUUAUAUAAAACAAA